AUGAAAGCAGCAGCAGCAGCUUGGGAUGAGCAAAUGGUUCUAAGGACGCGAACAAAAGCAAGUUGGCCACUCGUUCUUGGUGGGUUCGGUGGUGGUUGGAAGUUGUCGUGCAGGGUGCAGACCAAGAUUCCGGCAUGGCUGCUGCUUUUUAAUGAUGUGAUGAGUAGGGCCAGAGCAAAACUGGUUUAUGCUUGUGAAUGGAAUCCCCAUGCUGUCGAGGCACUCAAGGCAUAA